AAUUACAUCAUAUCUUCCCUCCUUCUCCCUGCUGAUGGUGAUGUCAAGCACCGCAUCAGGGAGUACUCGUACGAGCAUCCCAGAGUAAGCUCACAUGCAGCCCCUAUAAAGUCCUGCAUACCCCGCUCUUGAGAGCAUAAAACUUCAUGUUCUACCGCCCCUUUUUCCGACAAACCUUCUCGCACAUAUCUAGCCCUUCGGUGACCCCAUCAAGUUUAUUAUCUCAACCGAAUUGUAGAGCAAUGGUACAACUUGACCCGUUUCGGUAGAGAUUGAGGUCGCUAAUCGGCUUUGAUAGUCUGCUUCUAGCCAGAAAGUGACCGAUUGGGUACCUACGGUAUGGCUUCCCCACCGCAGGAGUUCCUCAUUACUAACCAAAACAACAAUAUCAACAGGACUCUAAAAGUGGGGAAUUCAUUCGCAAGCCCGUAAGUUCCUCCGCUCGAUCACAGAUCAGUUCUCACGAUUCCCUCCAGUCCUCCUUCUCCGACCUGGUUUCUCGUGAGCCCAAUACCAAAUUCCCUGCUGAGAGAGGCCGUUACCACCUCUAUGUUAGCUAUGCCUGCCCAUGGGGUCAGUCACCCUAUCCGAUCCGAAGCGCCCGCACUAACAACCCUCAGCGCACCGAACCUUAAUCACCCGCGAGCUUAAAGGCCUACAGGGAGUAAUCGGUGUUAGCGUAGUGCACUGGCACUUGGGGGAAAACGGCUGGCGUUUCGGUACCAUCGAAGAGGCCGCGGAGUAUCCAGAAGUGGCUAUCAGUCCGGAAGCAAACACCGGGGCAUCAUUCUUGAGGGAUCUUUACUUCAAGGCCCGGCCGGAUUAUGAUGGUCGCUACACGGUGCCUACGUUUUGGGAUAAGAAGAAUAAGACUAUCGUUUCCAACGAGAGCAGUGAAAUUAUCAGAUUUAUGUACACCGAGUUUGACGACCUUAUUGAUGAGAGCAAGAAGGGGGUCACGUAUUAUCCUGAGGAGCUCAAGAAGGAAAUUGAUGAGCUGAAUGAGUGGGUUUAUGCCACUGUGAAUAACGGCGUCUAUAGAGCCGGGUUUGCGACGCAAGUGAUCCCCCCGAAAGCGUGCGCGAGAUGGCCACUAAUACCCCGAUAGGAAACAAGAAGCCUACGACGUAGCCGUCACAAAACUCUUUGAAUCUCUCGACCGUAUUGAGGAUAUUCUCAGGGACUCGGAUGGGCCAUAUCUUCUUGGAAAGGUUCUCACAGAGGCGGAUAUUCGUUUGUAUCCUACCAUUGUCCGCUUUGACCCGGUAUAUGUCCAGCAUUUCAAGUGCAACCUUCGGAUGAUAAGACAUGAGUACGAAAUCCUUCCCCCAUCGCGCUAUAUAUGCCCAGGGUUGUGAAUAGGCUUAUUGUGGUACCACAGUUACCCCGCAAUCCACAAGUGGAUGAGGCACCUAUAUUAUGACAUUCCGGGAUUCAAGGAGACGACAAACUUUGAACACAUCAAAAAGGUAUAAAAAACAAAUCUCGUGGAUUGGUACAUGAGUUUGUUCGCUAACGAACUCGGUAGCAUUACACAAAGUCACACAGCCAGGUCAACCCCAAGGGGAUCACGCCCCUCGGCCCAGUCCCGGAUAUCAUGCCGAAGGACACUGAAUGAAGACUUUUUACCGGUUCAUGUGUCGGGGGCUCAUGGACGAUCGAUUAUAUAGUACUGUAGCUAUUCAGUGUCGGUAUCAAUUACCGACCGUUCACCGAUAUUUCCAUGUCCGGAG